CAGCCGCCGGAACGCGCGCAUCCCAGCAUUCGCGUUUCCACCGAGCCCCGCGAAACCACGUUCUUCAUCCAGACAAUCUUGGUAAUCUUUGCCGAUCUUCGUUCCGUGUCUAAUCCUAUUAGACUUCCUCGACGCUUCAUUUGUGUCCGCGAGUGUAUCGAGCCUGCACGCGACUCCAUAAUCUCUAUACUCCAGGUGUGAUGACGUUUUAGCGAAAGGAAAAAAGAGCAAAAACAUAUUAGACACAUUAUCAUAGGAAUACUCUCUUCUCCGAAUUCAGCGUUAAGACAUCGGGCCGAUCGAUCUCGUUAAUAAUGCAAAUUCCCCGCAAGGAUUCUGCGUUAUCUUGGGAAGUAUCCUUUCGGCACGCAGGACUCACCGCAAGUCCGUCCGCACGUUAGAAGAUGGAACCGCGUGAGACAACACUGCUGUCCAUUUCUCAGCACAGAUCGUCCCCUCGUUUCUUUUCCUCCUUCGUUCUUGGGAACGAAAGUCGAAGGCGACGCAACGAGAUCGCGAAGACGCGCACACGCGAUGCCACGAUCCGAGAUCAAUCGGUUGCCGGUCCUGCGCCACCGCAGCUUCUCCUUUGUUCCAUCUGUGCGGCGGAUGCAGCUCGUGUGAUACAGUGCGCUUUCGUGAUCGCUGCUCAGAGUUCUCGGUGAGAUCGCGUUCGCGAUCGUCAGCCGAUUUAUAAAAUCGAGAGACGCAACUGCGUCGUCAGUAUUGUCGUUAACGAUUACCGUUAACUGGCAUCAGCAAUCGGAUCGUCGUGUCUUACGCGUCACAGCGAGUCGUGAAAGCACUCCUGUGCCGAGGAUGCGUCACUCAAUAAAAUCCCGGUGCUACACUGACUGAUUUUCUUCCACCUACCUCUUAGGGAAGGUGGGAUUCGAGCUUCGAGAAUCGAUAGACAUGGAGGUACGUGCGGAACGUCCCAGAACGGCGGGGCGCAUUGGGCCGACUGGUCGCGUCACACCGACGAUCCACCAGCAGCAGACCAGUCACCAGGGAGGGAGGCGAAAGGCGAUUCCCGUCCCACCACCGAGGGUGCCGACCCCAAUGCCGCUGGUCAACAAUAAUCAGCAAAGAAACAAUGCGAACGCGGUGCCUUCGGCCGGCAUUUCCAUCGAGAAGAAGGAACCGCACGAGAACAUUGCCAGGAUAGCCAAGCGCUACCUCGAUGACAACAUGCAGCAAGCCUGGAUCAACCCGCGUCUGAUCUCAAUGAUAAAUAUGGAGGCUGUCACUUCCACGGACUACGACUCGAGCAAUCUCAGCCGUAACUUCAAUCAGGUGGGCUUCAACACGUACAAUUAUUCGCAGUUCGAAGAGAAGUACAAGCCCCGCCAGUUCUUCAAGUACGGAGACGAGUACCUCGAGUACGGGCGCAACUCGGUUCGCCUGGGAUUGGAUUCACGUGCCACGAUUAAGCAUUCUGGUCAAGAUGCCUCGGCGAAGCUCAGUCAGAGAUACUCGCGCAGUCAUUCCCAGCCGGAACGACGUCAUAACUCCCAGAACGAAACGCGCUCAAAGUCUCAGAAUUCCCAUGAACUCACGAUAUAUCAGAUCGAUCCGCCAAUAAAACACGAGAAUCAAUAUGGCAAGUUCAAUCGUUCGAGCGCUGAUAAAGUGACCUGCUGUAAGAAGGAGCUGACCUUCUAUGAGAUGAACGGUCCACCGGGUGCUCAACAACAGCAGGACAAAGCCAAGGAGUCCAUGUACAUUCAGCCCGACAAGAGCGAUAAGCGCGACAAAAGUAGUCUGAUACCAAAGUACUUGAGUCAGAACAAGUCCUCGCAGCAGCAGCAGCAGCAGCAGCAGCAGCAACAACAACAACCCGAUCAGAAGUAUGUGCCACCCAGCUACCAGCUGAACAGAUCACAGUCCGAUCUAACGGAAUGCCAAUUACCGAACUACAGCCAGGGACAUCAUCAACGCAACCCUUACAUCGAUCCACCCAAGUAUCGUCAAUACGAGAGACCGCCGCGAUACCAGGAGACGCCGCCAAAGUCCGAGCCACCGCCAAAAUACGCCGAAGUGACCAGACGUCAGGAAGAUCUCAAACGACUCCAGGAGGAGAGGGGGCGCCGUCAGAGUAGUAGAGGAGUGGCGCUCGGCACCGAGGCACCCGCUAAUCUGGCCAGUAUCACGCCGAACGCGCGAGAAGCAGUACGCGUCCCGACGCGCCAGCGUCCGACGCACAAGCCCAGCGACGUGCGUGUCAAGUCGAGCGACGCGGAUCAGCAGCAUCAAUUGAUCCAGUACGAGAGCAGCGAUGACUCUGAUAUCGAUUCGAAGCUCGACAUGUUGAAGGUCAACCAACCUAACGGCAGCGCACCCGGUGUCGGUGGUUGCGCUUCCGGUCCUACUCAGCUGACUCUCAACGCUAGUGCUAGUGUGACUGGUGGUCGUGGUGGUGGUGGUGGUGGUGGUGGUGAUGGUGGUGGUGGUUCUGGUGGUGGUUCUGGUGUUGGUGCUAGUGCUGGUGCUGGUGCUAGUGUAAUAAUACCAAGAAGUGUGUCACCGGAAGGGAAGGAAAAACUGAAAGGCACAGUAGACUCUCUGCUGAAAACUAGCGAGGCUGUUCAGGGUAGAAUAAACGAAAAAUCAAUGCUCAAAAUUGAAAAGACCAGGGGUCUGCAGGAGACCGCAAAAAGUCACUCGGAGAAGACCAAGUCGUUACAUCAGGAUGAGAUGACCAGGAGCAGGUCUUUGGCCUACGAUUCAACCGGGUACAAGGUUGAAAACAUCAAGUACUAUGGUGAACUCAAAGGAUACGACUUCAAGUCGUACGGGACCAUAGACAAACCGGCCACGGGCAACUCGCACGAGAAAUUCCAUCAACAUUCUGAGAAGUCUUGCCAUCAAAGUUCCCACGAGAAGAGCCACGCGAAGAUCAAUCAGUGUUACGGCACGCAAGGCAAGCAGCUCAGUGUUCAGACAGUCGAGGGUUUCGCCAAGCCCAAUGGUUGCGGUGACAAGUAUCCGGAUCAUUACUAUCACAGAUCGGCGCACUCAAAACCAAACGCCUCCCAUGUCUAUCAGGAAAGCAAGUACUCGUACAACGUGAGUGGCAUACCUGGAUCUCCGGCGCAAGCCAGCGCAGCCGCAGCGUUCUUCGCAAGGGCCGCGCAGAAACUGAAUCUGUCCUCGAGUCCACAUCGACGACGCCGAUCCGGCGACGAGAACAUCUCGCAGGAGGAGCAGCCUGUCUUCCCGAAUGGCUACGCUGCCCUUCUUCUGAAGUCACCACCACCCGCACCACCCGCUCUUCUCCGGAGGAUUGGCGUCAAGGAGCUCACCGGCGUCGGCAAGGUGAAAGUGAUGCUGCGCGUUUCAUCAGGCGAGAGUGGAAGUUUCUUCAAUGCUGACAAACGGAAGAAGCAGGUCACCCUGGUGGACCCAGCAUCCGGUCAGUCGAAUUCGGCGGAGGAUCGCAGACCCACAGUGGCUGCGCCCAAGAUGUUCGCAUUCGACGCCAUCUUCACGGAGGAGGAUUCUCAGACUGAAAUCUGUUCGAGUGCACUGACCGACGUCAUCCACGCUGUUAUCAACGGUACCGACGGCUGCCUCUUCUGCUUCGGACACGCCGGUCUAGGCAAGUCGCACACGAUGCUGGGCACCGCCGAAGCCGGACACACCCUCGGCGCCAUCCCCUGCGCCAUCGCCUGGCUCUUCCGAGGGAUUUCCGAGCAGCGACAGAGAACCGGCGCUAGAUUUAGCGUGAGGGUCAGCUGCGUCGAAUUGACUGCGGGUCAGCAGCAGCUUCGUGACCUCCUGGCCGCACAUGCCAACGACUCCGAACAAUCGCCAGCCGUCUACCUCAGGGACGACCCUCUCUUCGGCACCCUGCAGCUGCAGCAGCACAGCGAGCUGAGGGCGCCGACGGCCGAGCGUGCCGCCUUCUACCUCGACGCCGCCGUCGCCGGUCGACAGCGCGAAGACGGCGACGCUCACAUGCUCUACACGCUCCACGUUUACCAGUACAGCGUGGCCGGCAAAGGAGGAGUCGCCGGUGGCAGGAGCAGACUCCAUCUCAUGGACCUGGGCAAUUCCGAUCGCGGAAAAUCAUCAGGUGGAAUCCCUCUCUCAGGAUUGGGCAAUAUCCUUCUGGCGAUCUUCAAUGGGCAGAAGCAUCUCCCCUACAAGGAGCACAAACUUACGCAACUACUUAAGGAGUGUCUGGGCUCGCUUACGUGUCACGCCGCUAUGAUCGCGCACGUAUCUCCAAAUGCACAGCAUUAUACGGAAACACUGACGACGGUCCAGCUGGCGUCCAGAAUCCACCGGAUGCGCCGUCGGAAAAUAAAAUUCGUCAACGGUGGUACUCAGGGAACCGGAAGUGGCGGGAGUUCCGGGGAGGAAGCCGCCAGACAAAACAGCGAAUGUGAUCCCAGCUCUUCGGAUCUCUCAGCUGACACUGUGAUCUACGUAGGUCCUGGUGUCGACGACGCCACGGAUGGCGAGCAUCCUCCCGUCUAUAUACCCAGUCUGAACUCGGGAGACAAUCGAUGCGCGAUGGGCCGCGUUCUGAGAGGCUCGGCGGCCGAGAGGCCCGCCAGAAUUCCAGAAGAACGAAGUCCGGCCCACAAAGCCACGAAGCUCGUGAAGGCCCUGACGCAGACGGCCUCGAAGCAGACAUCGCCUGCUCACAGCGCCACUCCCAAGGCCAGUCCAGCUCGGAAAACUUCGGUCAAGGUCUCCACGUCCAAGUUGAACGACUCGCCGACAAGCAAGAUACCUGUGGCAGCACCUAGUGGCGGAUCGGACGAGCAAUGGAUUGAUGGCCCAAGAAUUUCAAAGUCCAAAGUAGCAGAGGCUCGGCACCUCCUUAAAGAUUCGCAUCAUCAUAAACGCGAGACAUGGAUUGAUGGGCCCAUGCAGAUGGCCGGCGGCCCUCUGCCGCUUCACGCGCAGCACACAUCAGGAUAUGGAUUUAUGGACAGUCAUAAGAAGAGCAUGAUCAGGAAAUGGGUGGAGAAUCAGUCCUCGCAAAUUCAGCGCACCAAGCACGUUGCCCCCAGAAUAGAUCCGAAACUUGCAGUCCAAUCUUCGCAGUUCAAGGAGCUGACGACCUUCAAAACCUGCGACGACGACGACGACAUGUCCUCCGCGGUCGACAGCGAGGGUAUGAAGAUGAGCGACAUCGAGGACAUCACGGAAAAACUGGGCGCCAAGCUGAACCUUCUUAACGUCAAGUCCAACACGGAUUCCGGACUGGAUCUUACAGCUAGUCCUAUAAUGGAGGAUAGUCUGGAUAGGUCCAAAUUGGAUAUUCCGGACGAUGAAGAUGACGACGAGGAGAUCGUGGUGCCCCCUCCAUUGCCUCUUAUCGAACCUCUGAGCAACGGAGUCAGCAGAGAAGUCUCGAUGGAGAGUCUUAAUCUCUCGCAUAAGGACGUCGUCCUGCCGUCCCGUCAUUCUCUCUCCUCCGAGGACGAGAUCCUGGAGAUCGUCGAGGUCGAGGAUUUGGAACCUGUUCCCACGCAGGAUUCCUGUCUCCAAGUGACUGAGGAGGACAUUGCUCUGUGCAUGGGAGAGAAUCCUCUCCCGGAAAGUGACCAAGAGGAACACCCGCUGAGGAUACUGAGUCAAGAAAAUCUUACCAUUGUAUCCACCUUCACUGACUCGAUGUCAGUGAUGUCGGACAGCGAACGCUACAGACCUCAAUACCCGCCGCCCGUGGGGGCGGGCAUGCUUCCUCGACCAUACUUUGACCACGAGGACUUCCUGGAACAGGAAACCAGACACAAGUUCGAUCAAUUGGCUCGUCUCCACGAACUUUAUCAGAGCAAACUUGCCCUCGCCAACGUCUCCAAUUCAGCAACUUAUCAGAGAGAGAACUCGUCCUCCGUGAGCGUUCGGGACGCUCCAUCCGCCACCGUCUUCCGUCCACCGUCUCGCUGUCAGUCCUUGUCCCUUUCGGAUGUCUUCUUCAACGACAACGCCAGCAACCAUGGUAGUAUCUACAGCGAGCCUGCCUACAUCCCAGGCAAAACCGAGCAGGAGAAAAUCUGCGACAACUGCAGGCAGAGUAUGUCGCGACCCGCGACCACGUCCUACUGGUAUCCAAGCAGUGGAGGACACCUCGCGAGUCCCAAAAGAUACUGCGGCAAGUUCGGCGAGUGCAAUAUAUCUAGUCUCAGGCAUCCAGAUGGCGCUUCGAAUCCUAAUCUCAAGGAGGAAAUUGAGAGGAUACCAGGAAACGGAGCCUCGGGUUCUGAUCCCGAGGAAGAGUACAUCGAGGCCAAGAAGCUCUUCACUACUGCCGAGAGAUCCGAGAGAACGGUCACUGGGAAAUCGGACGUCGAAGAAGACCUUAAGCUUCCAGUACCGGUGCCCCUGCAAUUGUCCAUAGCGUCCUCUGUACCAUCUUCAGGGAAAAUGCAACGGAAGAUCCUGAGCUUGGGCUCAUCUCUGGGAUUAAAUAAAGAGGGUUAUGACUCAGGGGCUGAUUCUACUCCGAGGGCUGCUAAACUCUCUCCGGCUACCCUUUCGAGGCAUCGAGCCGAAAGCUCGGGUUACGACAGCGUCGUACGGGACAGUGAAAGCAGUAGCAUCGCUAGCGACUCCUCGAGGCAGACCAGCGCUCUUCAGGAACACCAAGCGGUGGGACGGCUGGUGGCAGGGUACGGGCCCCGGGCCCAGUCCCAGCCAACCCACGAGGGGAUUCUCACGUACUCAGGCGAGGACGUGGCCAUUCUGGAGCGGCGCGCGCGAGUACGCUCGGAGCCCCGUGGGACGAUGUCCAGGAUACACAGCCUGCGGCUGCGCCAGCGCCUUCUUAGGCAGGAGCUACGCGAGGCAAAGAAGCGCCUCAUGGUUUCGGAUGAUCGAUGGAGUUUUGAACUACACGUCGAGGACAGCAUGGACUGGCAGGAUCCGUCAUUCCUGGAAGCCCUGGAGGCAGAGACUUUCAUCCUCCAGAAGAGAGUCGAAGCCUGCAAGAGUCACGUCCUCCUGGUUACGUGCUUCGACACUUGUCCCCUGCAGCAACGUCGCCACAUCGAGCCACCGCCCGGCAUCAGAAUCACCUAACAUAGAUUCGGAUCAGUACGCUUUACCACGUGCUGAUCAGAAACCCAGCUAACUACUCCACGACCACAACCUCACCAUCAUCCCCAUCCCCAUCCGCAUCUGCAUCCGCAAUCCCACUCAACCUUGUGCCUAACUCGUAUUCACGAUGCAUCGCACCGUCCGACUCGUUAGCUAAUAACUUCAUCGGACAUCGCACAUUCUCACCGUCAUCGCUAUUCGGCGUAGUAUCAUUCGCACGAUCGAAUGACAAGCUAAAGAGAAAAUUAUAAAAGACACGUCUCCUUCGAUCGAGACUGUGGCAGGCACCAGCUUAGUUAGUAUUGCACGGGUUAAAAAAUUGGAGAGCCAAGCGAACAUCAAAGACAUUUACACAUUGAGCAAGUGCGAGUGACGCAACAUGACAGUUUUCUGAUGUCAAGACGUUACGGCGUUUUCAUUCUGUGUUCGUAUUAAAUGAAAAUAUAUAUAUAUAAAUUCCCGUGCAUAAUCCGAAUGUCAAGCUCGCUGGAGAAGAAUAAAUGCAAAAAUACGACAUCGCCGCGGUACGAUAAAUAUCUUAAGAAACAGCGCACACGCGAGCUGUCGUCCCGCUGAGGAACAAUCUGCCAAAACCGUUAUACGAUUAUCAAUUAAUUAAAAAAGAAGGCCGUAAUUAAUAUAUAAUGCACGCACGUUAAUUCAAUAUUAUCGUAGUUUUAAUUAUUAUACGCAGUUACCGCACUUCGUAGGAUUCAUAACACUCACGUAGGGAUGCAAGCUCACGAAAAGUAACUUAAACGUAUUUCGUAAUCUUAAAUGAUAAAGCAUGCGAGCAACCGCAUUGGAAGGGAGGAGAGCCUAGUUGUGAUAAAAAAAAAAGAGAGCUGCCACGAGUGCAGACACAGAUAGAGAGGGAGAGUAGGCGAAGCGAAAUGAACAAAUCUUGGCGAAUGAGAACAACGGAGAAGAAAUUGGUCGAACAGGAAUAAGUUAAAGGAAGAUUGGGAGAUAAAUACAUAGAGGGACAGAGAGAAGGAUAAAGAGGGAAAAAGUAAAAUAAACGCAACGAGAAGUCUAUCUUUCGAAUUUCCCUAUCGUUGCGAGGCAACCAUUCUCUUUCUCCUCUGAACUCUACUUUGGGCUUCCCUUCAACCGAUUCAUGUGAACCCGUCGAGAGGUCUUACUUCCGCUUGAUCCGGAUACGGAUGAUCAGAUGCCUUCCGUUUAUUUGGAGACUCCCAGCGAAUCGUCAACGGUUACCCGAAGCACACUACCUAUACGUAUCCCUGUGGUUGCCGCCACAUUCACUCGGUUGCAAUCCUUACCUAGGAAUCCUAGGAUUUACGAAGCAAUGCGAAAAAAGGCGUACGCACGUACACGCGAGGCGCACGCAUAUUCAAUUGGCACGUUCGCACUCACAUACAGACAAAUUCAUAAUCAUAGACACAAGAUAAAUCCAUCUGUCAUGUAUUCUUCUACAUCCCACUACGUCUCUGUAUCAUAGUACUUGUACCAUACGCAUAUUUUAUAUGUACAAAUUAGCCAUGUAAUUUCUUGUAAUAAAGAUCAAUUUACAACGUGA